AUGAGUAAACGCAAAGUUGAUAAAACAGUUAUUGAAACAAACCCUGAUCAGAUGGAUCAGAUGGAUAUAACGGAAGAUGAAAAAGUAGCGGAGGAGGAUGGUAACGAACAAGAAGAGAAUUCUGAUAAUUCUGAUAAUGAAAUAUCAGAAGGAGAAGAAAUAAUAAAUGUUGAUUUUGAUUUUUUUGAUCCGAAAGAUAGUGAUUUUCAUUCAAUAAAAACUUUGUUAAAACAAUUGUUUUCUUCAGAUUCAGAGUUGUUUGAGUUGAGUGAAUUAACAGAAUUAAUUGUAAAUCAACCAUCAGUAGGCACAACUGUUAAAGUGGAUGGAAGUGACUCUGAUCCUUUUGCAUUUCUAACUGUAUUAAAUAUCAAUGAACACAAGAGUUUAAUAAAUUAUUUAUUAGAAAAAACUAGUAAAGAUGUAAAAUUAAAUGAAAUACUAUUAGAGCUAUUUGAUCAAAUAGUCAAUAACAGCAUGGAAAUUAUUCCACCAUUGUAUAAAAUGCUUCAAGAAGAAAUUGAGGAUGCAAUUGAAGAUAAUAAACCAUUUGAAUUUGAAUGGUUUCUUAUUAUAACAAAAGUUUAUAAAGAAGUUGAAUCUAUGACAGAUAAAGAAUUGGAAGAGGAACAACAAAUAGGAAAAAGAAAGAAGACUAAAUUGGUAUAUAUUAUAUUUAGAUUCAGAGGGAUUUUAACAUAUAUUAAAAAUAUUUAA